GGUCCUUAGCCAGGCUGCGCGCGGCAGGGGCGAGAAGCCUUGGCCAGCUUCGGCGAUGCAGGGAGGGCCGGGAGCAAGGCGGACCCAGCAGCAGUGAAGGCCCGGCCAGGGCGGCCGCACUGGCCACCGACUCCCCGCGUCCUCCGUCUGCUUCCGGAUUUUAAAGCCGGUUUCCGGGAGCCGGGAUGGCGUCCCCAUGACAACCGACGUUGGCCCUUUGAGACCAUCACCACAGAAUAAAGGGAACAACUGAUUUAAAAGAACAAAACACCUCUGCCUCUGGGCUGGGUCGAGGACCAGGAGCAGUUUCCCAGGGAGCUGUGGAAUGUGCCCUGGGGACCCAAGAAAGCAGAAGGAAGAUGCUACAGACCAGCAACUACAGCCUGGUGCUCUCCCUGCAGUUCCUGCUGCUGUCCUAUGACCUCUUUGUCAAUUCCUUCUCCGAGUUGCUCCGCACGGCCCCUGUCAUCCAGCUGGUGCUCUUCAUCAUCCAAGAUAUUGCCGUCCUCUUCAACAUCAUCAUCAUUUUCCUCAUGUUCUUCAACACCUUCGUCUUCCAGGCGGGCCUGGUCAACCUCCUGUUCCGUAAAUUCAAAGGGACCAUCAUCCUGACAGCUGUGUACUUUGCCCUCAGCAUCUCCUUUCAUGUCUGGGUCAUGAACCUACGCUGGAAAAGCUCCAACAGCUUUGUCUGGACAGAUGGACUCCAAACGUUAUUUGUAUUCCAGAGACUAGCGGCCGUGCUGUACUACUACUUCUACAAGCGCACCGCCAUGAGACUGGGCGAUCCUCGCUUCUACCAGGAUUCUCUGUGGUUGCGCAAGGAGUUCAUGCAAGUCCGAAGGUGACCUCCUCCUGUUGCUUUGAUGGAUUCCCUUCCCUCCUGAAGAAGGGUUGGCCCAGGAAACAGCUCAGGCCAAAAGACUUCUUGCUAAUUAAAGUAUUCCCCAACAGA